AUGAACCGACGAAUGCUCACCAAGGAGGAGGAGGGUGCUGGCGACGAGGUCGAGGUCCGUCGCGAAGACCAGGACAAGAUCAACAAGUUCAGCCGGUUGCACCAGAAGGAAUUGAAGAUUCAGGAGGCGCUGAAUAUCAAGAGCAAAGAGAAAGAAGAGCUCGACGAUAUCACGACGGAGCUGGAAUUGGCAGACGAGGAUGACCUCGUACCAUACAAGAUCGGCGACGCCUUCUUCCACGUGUCCCUCGAGCAAGCACAAGAGAUGCUUGCCACGUCAACUUCGAACAUCGAGGAGGAGGUUUCGGCCCUGGAAGACAGGAUGGGCACCGUCAAGGACGAGAUGACACAGCUCAAGGUCGAACUAUACGCCAGAUUCGGUCGCAGUAUCAACCUCGAAACAUAA